AAGAUAUCCAACUCCAAGUCCUUAAACUGAAAUGUCUAUAGAAGCAUCACUCAAAACUUCAUCUCUUGACGGGGCGCAUCGUUGAGGAGGAGCUCUUGUGCAAUUAGGAGCGGUACUAAAAGUAUCCAUAAAUGUCAGGAGACAAACAAUUUCGCGGAACAACAACUGUCGACCAUUUUCCAGGCAACAUGUUGCCGGCAGACAUAAGCAGCAGCAGCAACAUCAACAGCAACUGACAACUGGCAGCAACAUCGUCGGCGAUUGUAGCAUUUGUAUCGUCGGUGGACUUCGUGCGUCUUUCAGUCGUUCAGUCGCAUUUCUGAUGGUUGCGUGACGCGGUCGUAGGACGCGAUGAAAGAGACAGUCGAACAGAACCAGAAAGAGAAGGCAAGCGAGAGUGACGUGAAAAGUUGAAAAGUUUCCCAGUGCGAAAAACAUAACAGAAAUCCGCAAAAAAGAAAAUCAAAAUACGUAAUAAAGUGAAAGAAAUAUUAGAAUAUAAAUUAGCAUAAUUUAGCGGAGAACCGCGCAGACAAGCAGACUUUAAUAUCGCACUUAAUUAGUGUCGCACGGGCAGAGCGCUGACAAUGUGGCAGACACUAUCAACAUUAGCCACAUCACUCAGAGCAGCAGGAGCAGAAUCCGAGGCAGAUUGCAACUGCAGCGUGAAUAACGCGGAAAUGCAAAGUCACAAAGCAGGCAACAUGUUGCCGUCAACAGACACGGAGCGUAGGUGUCACUGUCACACAGAAAUCACAACAAACAAAAGUCACAUCACCAGAAGCAGCAACAGCAGAAGCGGCAGCAGCAACAGCCCUAGCCUCCACAAUCACAGCCAUGGUAGUUGCAACUACAGCAGCAACAUGCUACAAUUCCUGUUCCUGUUCGGCGUCCUUUGUGAUGCCGGACAGGCUUCGCUGCGUGAUGUCAACCUGCUGGUGCAACCUCCGGCGGUGCGAAGGGGCCAAUCGGUGGCUCUGCGAUGCAAUUACCAACUGGACGGGGCACCACUGUACUCCAUCAAGUUCUACCGUGGUCAGUUUGAGUUCUACCGCUACACUCCAGGAGAAUAUCCUCACACAAAGGUCUUUUAUCAUCCCAGUAUCCGGGUGGACGAGAGCGGCUCAAAUUCCACAAUGGUGCUGAUACGCAACGUGAGCUUCAGCCUCUCCGGACAAUUCAGCUGCGAAGUUACGGCGGAUGCACCGCUAUACUCUACGGCCACGGCGUACGCCCAAAUGCAAGUUGCGGAGUUUCCGGAGAAGCGCCCGCAGCUCUUUACGGAGAAUACACGCUACGAGCCCGGCGAUGUUUUACGGGCCAAUUGCAGUAUUUCGCCAUCCCGACCGCGGGCUGAACUUCGAUUUACCAUCAACAAUGUACCGGUGAACUCAGAUGAGACUCAAUACAUUCAAGCGGGCGACAAUUUAAUAGCAUCCCGACUCAGUCUGAGAGUGCAGCUGCAGGCAAUUCACUUUGUGGCCGGCCUCAGUGCCCAUGGAAAUGGGAAUGGUAAUGGCAAUGGCCUUACGAACUCACUCUAUACGGGUAGCGGAGGCGGAGGCAGUAGUGGAGGAGGCCUCGUCCUUCGGUGCACGGCGCAAAUUGGCGAUCUCUAUCAGGAGUACAAGGAAAUCGAGCUGGGCACACCGCAAAAGGAUCCGGUGCCAGCCAGAGUGACGCUGUCAUCGGGAACGGGCCUAAACAGCUUCUUGGACUAUUUCGCCAAGUCGUCGGCUCCCGGCCAAGGACGGGGAGAGGCUGUGGGCGUGGGCGUCGUCUGUUGCCUGGCCACGAUGCUGAGCCUACUGAUUAACGUAAGCUAAAUGGCCAAGGGUGAAGAGGUCGGAGGAUGGACUUGUAAUACGUGGACUUGGAUGUGAAAUGUGUAUAGCUUAUCGAUCAGCGAUGGAAAUUAGAAACCCGUCGGCCGUAAACUGCAUUAUUUAUCUAUGCCGAAUGCAAUUUAAAUUACGAAUAUAGAAACUCGCGCGCAUUGGCCACGCGAUUCCUAUUAAGCUCAUACACUAGUACACACAGGAUAUUAUGAAUGUAAAUGUAAAUAUUUGCUUUAAUGAUGUAAAAGGAUACAUGAACUCGCACAUACACGCACACGCACACAUAGACACGCGACUAAUUGUUAAUUAAUGGAUUAUUUAAUGAUGCAUAAAAUAUUGGAUAAAAUAUUAAUGUAUUAUUUGCAUUUAGCUUCAAUACAAGCGGAUAUCAACCUAAUGUUUAAGUGAAAUUAAAGCAAAAAACAGAAUCGUUGAAACGAUUGAAAAAAAUCAUAAAAAACUGUAAACAUGAAAGAAAAAACUGCCAAUGUCA